AUGAGGGUCUCCAAAGCCCACCUCUCAUGGGGUUGGUACGCUGCCAUAGGUGCCUUGCUGCCAGGCUUGCUAGCCAAUGCCAGUCCAUCGGUCAAUGUGGCCUUACAAGCUUCAUUUGAUGCGUCGCCAUACCUUGUGGAGCUACUAGAAUCAGCCGCAGAAGAAAAUUCCACCUCAUAUUUCCCAUUGCUCGAUAGAAUCGCAGACGGCGCUUUCGAAGAUGCUACUACCGAGAAAGAGCUCUAUGAUCGUUUCUUACAGGUUGUCUCUGAGGAUGGCCACUUACGUACUGCUGAAGCGCUCUCCUCGUUCAAAUUAUCGCUUGCAGUUCGAUCUUCUGCCCCUCGAAUCCAGGCGCAUUAUCAAUUUUAUAACUCCUCUGUUCAACAUUCAUUAAUGGCGGCGCAAGACGCAGCUUGUCCGGUAUGGGUUCACUCAGACGGGAAACAAUAUUGCUCUUCAGCAAUGGAGCGUGCGCAGCAGGAUGUUGAAGGCGAGCUAGAUUCUAGGGAAUUACCAUUUGAUCGAGUUCUCGGUGAUGCGUCCUUACCUCCGGCUGUGCUUUACGCAGAUAUCUCCUCGCCCAUGUUUAAAGAUUUCCAUGAUACACUAAAGGAUCUGGUGAAAGAAGGCCAAGUUUCCUACCGUGUACGAUACCGGCCUUCCCAGCAUUGGGUUUCUCGCCCAUUGUUCGUCUCCGGAUAUGGCGUGGAGCUAGCAUUAAAGCGAACAGACUACAUCGUCAUUGAUGAUCGAGAGGCGGAAGAAAAAGUUGAAAACGUCCAAGAUACCCCAAUCGACAAACUGGAAGAAUUGAAAGAGGACUCUCCAGAUGACUUACGACCUCUCUCAUCGUCUGAGGUCUCAAGACUAGGCUGGAAUACCGCUGCUUAUAUUUUGGAUAGUGAGAACCCGCUUGAUACAAUGAUCAAGUUGUCUCAAAAUUUCCCAAAGUAUUCAUCUACAGUGGCUGCGCAUAAUGCUAGCGUUCCGCUGAAGAAAGAAAUUCGAGCUAACCGGGGACGAAUGUUCCCAGCUGGUACUAAUGUUAUGUGGAUCAAUGGCGUGCAGAUUGAUCAGAAUCAGAUUGAUGCUUUCUCUCUUAUUGAUCAUCUUCGUCGGGAGCGUAAAUUGAUUGAGAAGUUUAAGGAGAUUGGUCUAUCUUCUCAGGAUGCUGUCAAGCUUUUGUCGCACCCUCUUCUCGCUGAGGCUCAUGCAGAUGACGACGCACAGCGUUAUGAUUUCCGGGAUGAAUUGGAGGGUGGAGAGGUCAUCAUCUGGAUGAAUGAUCUUGAAAAGGAUUCUAGGUAUCAAGCAAUGCCUAGCGAACUCGACGCGUAUAUCCAAAAUGCCUAUCCUGGUCAACUGCCACCCGUCGCUCGUGACCUGCAUAACGUUGUUGUUCCUGUCGAUCUGUCUAACUCUGAUGACAUUCUUCUGGUUAUUCAACAAAUUCAAACAUUCAUUCAACGCAUGAUCCCUGUGCGAUUCGGCUUGGUCCCCAAAGCUUUGUCUCCUGAGUCCAUCGCACAGCUGAAGGUUGCACACUAUCUGCAAGAUACCUAUGGACUCUCAAUCUUCGUCCAAUAUCUCGAAGAGACUGUUUCCAAGUCGAAAGCAGGACACCCAGAUAAGUCUAUUUUCGCCACCGUAACUAAGGAUCGCGAGGCACGUGCAGACAAACAAAUUCUGCCUUUUGACGAGAUAUUCAAGAAUGAACAUCUCAACACCAUCGCAUCUCGUGUGGCCAGCUACCAGCGCCGUUUGAGCCUGAGUGGCGGUGAAUCCCAUUUCCUCGUCAACGGAAUCCCAAUUUCCCGCGAAGGUAGCUGGAUGCAGGAAAUGAGUAUGCAAAUUGGGAAAGAUUUGAAAUUGGUUCAACAGGGCAUCAUGGAAGGUGUUUUCGAAGAGACAGCAUGGCUACCGGGCUUCUUCCUCGCAGCAGCAUUUGAAAGCCGAAACACAUUCUUGAUGCCUGAGGAUCCGAAGAGUGUGCAAAUUGUGGAUUUGACUGGUGUCUUUGGGUCUGAUGCAGAUGUUUCAGCGAAUUUGCUCCGUAUUGGAUCCAGCAAGAGUGUCUUGGAGACUGUUCAACUCACCGUUGUGUGUGACUUUGAGUCAGACUUGGGUCUAAACUUGUUGGCUGAUACCCUCAAAUUCCACAAAGAGCAUGACGAAGUGGACCUCAUCCUACUGCACAAUGGUCUCGCUGACGCAGAGAAAUCUUCAAACUUUGACAAAAUUCAGGGAAUAAUCAAGAAGGGUGGAGGUUCUGCGCAAGUCCUUGAGGCUGUUGCAUCGCUGAACGACCUUCCUGAUCUUACUGACUCGGAUAGCCAACGUACUCUUGCUCACCAGCGAGCUAUGAUUGAGAAGCUUGGAUUCAAGGCUGGCGUCUCGGGUCUUGUCGUCAAUGGACGGGUAGUCGGCCCUAUCCAGGGAGACCUUGCUAUCAGUGCAGAUGAUCUGGUUCAGCUAGUCACCUAUGAGCAUAGCAAGCGUAUUGGUCCGGUUGCAAUGGCCUCGAAAAUUCUCAAGCUGAAUGCAAAGCUGUCCUCAGCGCUCGACCUUGCCAAGCUUACUUCACUGGUAUCUCUAUCCACAAUUGCGGACGUACCAGAGGGUCUUUUCGAAAACACACCCGACUACAGACUGGACGUAUCUGAUAAUUGGAGAACAGAUCACUCUGUGAUUACCGUAUCUAACUCCGAGGACCCCGCCAUAAAUGUGGCAAUUGUGCUUGAUCCUGCCUCUGAAGCAGCUCAGAGAUGGCUUCCCAUUAUCAAGGUUCUAUCAGAAUUGGCCGGUGUUCAAUUGAAGAUUUUCAUGAACCCGAAGGAAGAUCUCAAGGAGCUUCCAGUGAAACGGUUUUACCGAUAUGUUCUGACUUCGGAGCCCUCGUUCACCAGCGACGGACAGGUGUCACAGCCUCAAGCAUCCUUCAAGGGAGUACCGGUAGAGGCCCUCCUCACACUCGGCAUGGACGUGCCAAGCUCAUGGCUUGUCGCACCCAAGGAGUCUAUUCACGACUUGGACAACAUCAAGUUGAGCUCAGUCAAAAGUGGCUCGAACGUGGAUGCUAUCUAUGCCUUGGAGCAUAUUCUGAUCGAAGGCCACUCUCGUGAUGUCACCCAGAAAUCUCCCCCACGAGGCGUGCAGCUCAUGCUAGGCACAGAAGAGAACCCACACUUUGCCGACACCAUCAUCAUGGCAAACGUGGGAUACUUCCAAUUCAAAGCGCAACCAGGACUGUGGCAGAUCAACCUCAAGCCCGGCCGCAGCGAGAAACUUUUCAAGCUCGACAGCGUCGGUGGCUUAGGUUACCGCCCACAACCAGGAGACGAGAACAACGAAGUAACUCUCCUCUCAUUCCAAGGCCGUACAGUCUUCCCCCGCCUCUCUCGCAAGCCCGGCCACGAAACAGACGACGUCCUAGAAACAGGCCAACAAGGCGGCUCAACCAGGAACCUCGUCUCAAAGGGCCUAAACUUCGCCUCAGGCGUCCUCUCCAGCGUUGGCGUGGGCUCCAAAUCAGAAAAACACGCCGACAUCAACAUCUUCUCUGUAGCAAGUGGUCACCUCUACGAGCGCAUGCUAAACAUAAUGAUGGUAUCAGUAAUGAAGCACACAAAACACACCGUCAAAUUCUGGUUCAUCGAACAAUUCCUCUCACCCUCCUUCCGCGCCUUCCUCCCCCACCUCGCCACCGAAUACAACUUCUCCUACGAAAUGGUCACCUACAAAUGGCCACACUGGCUCCGCUCCCAAACCGAAAAACAGCGCGAAAUCUGGGGCUACAAGAUGCUUUUCCUAGACGUUCUCUUCCCCCUCUCCCUAGACAAAGUGAUCUUCGUCGACGCAGACCAAAUAGUCCGAACAGACAUGUACGACCUCGUCUCGCACGAUCUACAAGGUGCACCCUACGGCUUCACGCCAAUGGGAGACUCCCGGACAGAAAUGGAAGGUUUCCGUUUCUGGAAGCAAGGGUACUGGAAUACCUAUCUCCGCGGAAAACCCUAUCACAUCUCAGCUUUAUACGUUGUUGAUUUGAACCAGUUCCGUGCACUUGCAGCAGGUGAUAGAUUAAGAGGACAGUAUCAGAUGCUUUCGGCUGACCCGAACAGCUUGAGUAAUUUGGAUCAAGACCUUCCGAACCAUAUGCAGCAUCAUAUUCCGAUUCAUAGUCUUCCGCAGGAGUGGUUGUGGUGUGAGACUUGGUGUUCGGAUGAGGAUUUGGCGAAUGCGAAGACCAUUGAUCUUUGUAAUAACCCGUUGACGAAGGAGCCUAAGUUGGAGAGAGCUAGGAGGCAGGUUCCUGAGUGGACGGUUUAUGAUGAUGCUAUUGCUGCUUUGGCGAAGAGGGUUGCGGCUGAGGAACAGAUUCAGUUUGUUCGGAGUGGUGAGGAAGAGACUGUUGAGAUUGAGGAGACAGAGGAUGAAGAGCGUAAGGAUGAGCUAUAG